AUGUUCGCUAGAUCAGCUUGUCGCGCGGCUCAACCGCUGAAGAGGAAUCUCCUCUCGCGCGCAUACGCCACCGAGCCAGCCAAGAGCGGCUCUUCCAAGACCCUCCUCUACGCAUUAGGCGCCACCGGUGUCGCGGGCGCCGGCUACUGGUUCUACUCUAAUCAGGGCGCCGGGUCGGCCGCGGCCAAGGCCAAGGACGUCGUGAGCGGACCACCGAAGAAGGCCUUCCUCGGCGGAGACCAGGGCUUCAUCUCCCUGGAGCUGAAGGACGUCCAAGACAUCAACCACAACACCAAGAGGUUCAUCUUCAAGCUGCCGGAGGACGACCAGGUCUCCGGUUUGACCGUGACCAGCGCCCUGCUUGCCAAGUUCCAGAACGAGGGGCAGAAGCCUGUCGUACGGCCCUAUACGCCUACGAGCGAGGAGGGCAAAACUACAGCUAAUGCGCGCGGGAUUAUAGAUGCUAAGGGCUACAUCGAGCUGAUCGUGAAGAAGUACCCCAACGGCCCCAUGUCGACCCAUCUGCACGACAUGGUUCCGGGCCAACGUCUGGACUUCAAGGGCCCGCUGCCCAAGUACCCGUGGACGCCGAACAAGCACGACCACAUCGCACUGAUUGCCGGCGGCACGGGUAUUACUCCCAUGUACCAGCUAACGCGUGCCAUCUUCAAGAAUCCCGACGAUAAGACCAAGGUGACGCUCGUCUUCGGCAACGUCUCCGAAGAAGACAUCCUGUUGAAGAACGAGUUCGCCGAGCUCGAGAACACAUACCCGAACCGAUUCCGUGCCUUUUACGUCCUCGACAACCCCCCCAAGGGAUGGAACGGACAUAAGGGAUACAUCUCUAAGGACCUCCUAAAGACCGUCCUCCCCGAGCCCAAGAGCGAGAACAUCAAGAUCUUCGUGUGCGGUCCUCCGGGCUUGUACAAGGCCAUCUCCGGCACUAAGGUCAGCCCGUCGGACCAGGGCGAAUUAUCUGGCUCCCUGAAGGAGUUAGGCUACUCCAAGGAUCAGGUUUACAAGUUCUAA